AUGGCAUCUAAUAUAGAAAAUAGAUUACGUAGAAUAAAAGACUCAACUCAAGAUUUGGGAAGAAAUUUUUUCGACCACAUUAAUAUGGGAAUAAAAAAUUUUGCAACAAAGAAUCCAAUAACAGACGACGAUAUAAGAGAGUACGAGCACUUGGUGAUAAUGAAAAAGAAUCCGUAUUUAGAUAUUAAGGAUCUGGAAAUAAAUUACAGCCCAAUGUCUCCUAAAAAUGUUAGACACAGCAUUAAAAUGGGCUUUGAUCCGAAUCUACAGAAUGAACCAGGUAUAUGUGACUCUAUUGAAGAUGUUCUGAACGUGGAAAUCAUAAAUCGUGGUCUCACAGGCUUCGCAAUACCGCCACAACUGACGAAGCAUCUUUCAAUGGUUGAAGAAAAAUUUAAGAUUAAUAAAACAAGCGGUGAAGUUAUACCCUCAACCAAUAAGCCAAUGAAUACAAAUGUAUUAACAAGUCUGGAUGAAGAUAUUACUACUUAUAUAGAGAACAAAAAUCUUUAA